AAAAAAUUUUUUGUGAUUUCUUCAAUUUAUUUUUUUUUUAAGUUACAAAAGCUUUCUCUGCGGGCAAGCCAAUCACAUCCAUCAUCUCGUGCGGGAAAAAUCAUUACAUUUUCUCCAUCCCUUAAACAAAUAAAAAAAACUAAUUUAUUUUCUUUACUAUCUCUCUUGGGGGUCUUUGCUUCAUAUAUUUAGAGGGGUGUCCCUAUUUUCUCUACACUUUGCUUAGCUUUGCUUUGCAUGAGAGGAGUUGCUAGCAAAAACAAAACCAUUUCUCGUCUUCUCUUUUCAUCAUACUAUACUUUUCGGUCUCACUCUCUGGUUCUUUCGUACAACUACUUCUCUUCUUGUUGAAAGAACCAAAAAAACAAGUUGAAAUUCUUUUAGAAGUGUUGGGUAUUUUUCUUUCUUUUUGUUGCAUGGAUGGAUCCUUCAAGAGGACAACACCAGGAGAUGCCUAACCCUUCAUUGGAAAACAUGCUGGUUUGCUCAAAAGGACAGCAAGAGAGAAAGCCAAGGCCUCAACCAGAACAAGCUCUCAAGUGCCCAAGAUGUGAUUCCACCAACACCAAAUUCUGUUACUACAACAACUACAGCCUUUCUCAGCCAAGGUAUUUUUGCAAGUCAUGCAGGAGGUAUUGGACAAAAGGAGGCACACUGAGAAAUGUUCCAGUGGGUGGUGGUUGCAGGAAGAACAAAAGAUCAUCAUCCUCAUCAUCAAAGAGGAGCCAAGACCAACCACUAACACCCAAUACCAACCCACUAGGUAGCCUCCCGCCUUUGAGUUAUGACACCAAUGACCUCAGCCUGGCCUUUGCUAGGCUUCAAAAACAAUCUUGUGGGCAAUUAGGGUUUGAUGAUCAUGACCUUUCUAUUCUUGGAGACCCUAGCCUUAACAGUAGUUCAGCUGCCAAUCCUGCGUUUCUUGAUGUACUCAGAAGCAACUUUCUUGGAAACCAGAACAAUUUUCAGAAUUUUUACUAUGGGUUUGGAAAUGAGAACAUGGGGGAGGCGGACAAUGGUGGUGGAAAUGUAGGUGUCAGUGGGGAAAUGAUGCUACCAUACAAUAAUGAAGAAAUGAUUAAUGCAACAACAACAUCAUCUGUGACAGUUACAACAAUGAAGCAAGAGUUGUGUAAUGGUAGAGAAAGUGAGAAUAGACUCUUAUGGGGUUUGCCAUUGCAGCUCAGUGGAGAUCAUGGUAAUAACAUGGCUGAUUUUGAUUCGGGAAGAGAAAGCUGGAAUGGACUCAAUUCGUCUUGGCAUGGACUUCUUAAUAGCCCUCUAUUGUAGAAAAAUGGAGUGUUUUUUUUCUUCUUUCUUUUUCUUAAUGUCUGCAAGAAGCAAAACAAACGCUUAGAGUUUUCUUCUCAUAUCAAAACUGAUAUUUCAGUUUUUAAUCUCUUUCUGAGUUUUUGUGUUAUAGGAGAUUUGAUUCACCAGAAUCAUCAGUAUUUCCCAUUUGUGUUUUUUUAUUCUCUUUUUAUCUUAUUUGCUGACCAAUAAGGCAGUUCCAGAGGUAAAUAUCACAUGAUUUCCAUUUUGGAGAAAAGCAUGAAUGACUGAGAGUGAUGGCUCAUAGUUUCUGUGGUCUGAAACUGUCUGAAGUAUUUUAAAAUUGGUUAGUUGCAGGACUUCGGAUUUUAAAACCAGUUGGUGUUUCCUAGA